CGGGGCGCGGACUACGCUCGCCAGGGUGCUGCGGGCGCCGCCCCGCGCGCAGGCGCCGGCCCGGGCGGGCCGGGUUGUUUGUGACGGCGUCACCGGCGGCUGCGGCCGCGGCCCCUCGUCCGUGCCGGGCCCCGCGAGGGCCGCGCUCAGUGUGCUUUGAAAAUGUCUGAAAAUUCCAGUGACAGUGAUUCGUCUUGCGGCUGGACUGUCAUCAAUCACGAGGGUUCUGACAUAGAGACAGUGAUCUCGGAAAAUGGAAGCACAAAUGACAACCAUGAGUUUGUUUCAGAAGAAUAUGUUUCCUUGCAGGAAGAGGAACAGGCAAUUGAUGUGCAAGCUCAGUGCAGCAAUGAUGAAGAGAUCCCAGCAGUAGAUAAUACUCUAUCUGAAUUUGAGGAAACUCAGACAGUUCCAGAGGGAAAUAAAGAAAAAGUUCCUGAUGAUGGGUCCUGUGUUGGAACUAUUAGUGAUGAUUCUGACAUUGUUACACUUGAAGCUCCAAAACCAGAAGAAACUCAGAGUCAGGAGGAAGCUCCAGCUGAUGGUGAAGAAGCUCAGAGUUCAGAGGAUUUUAACAUGGGAUCCUCCUCUAGCAGUCAAUAUGCAUUUUCCCAUGUAGAAACUGUUUUCCCAUCCCAGGCCAGCCCCGAGGAGUCCAGCAGCGAUGAAACCAGCAGCCAGAGCAGCCCGGCCGUGCGCAAGCGGCGCCCGCGGAAGCGCGGGGUGUCGGGCUCCGAGCCCGAGGAGGCGGCCCCGGCGGAGCCCCAGGCGGAGCCGCCCCGGGACGGGCAGCACCAGCGCCACUUCGGCAGCGGCCUCAACAGGUGCAUCAUCCUGGCGCUGGUGAUCGCCAUCAGCAUGGGCUUCGGACACUUCUACGGUACAGUGCAGGUCCAGAAACGGCAGCAGCUGGUGACAAAGACACGUGAAUUAAAAGAUCUGAAAGAUGACCUUUACCAGUGCCAACAAGAGCAAGGAGAUCAAGUGCACCACAAAGUGGGGUCACUCAAGGGAGAUCUUGCCACAUGUUUGACCUUUACUGAUGUGGAAAAGAAAUCCUUUGAUUCUCAAAAAAAGAGUCUUGCUGCAGAAAAUCAGCACCUAAGAGAAUCUCUAGAGAAAGAAGAAAAAGCUUUGGCCUCACUUCAGGAAGAAUUAAGGAAGUUAAGACAACAAAUUAGAAACUUAGAAGAUAAAGGUAGUAGCACUGAAUCUAUUGUAAUAGAAAAUCAGAAACUAAGGGAGCAUUUGGAAGAGGAAAAGCAAAGGAACAGCAAUUUUCUCAGGCAAAAGGAAACACUCUUUGCAGAGGCACAGAUGCUAAGGCGAGAACUGGACAAAGAACGUCAUGUUACAGAAGCUCUGAAAAAAGAACUAGAACAGUUAAGUUCUCGUCAAACACCUGACAGUGCUGCUGCUGAUGAUGAUGAGACAUUGAGAGAAAAUCAAGAAAUAGAAACUCUGCGAGGAAGACUGGCAGAACUAGAAAAAAAGCUGAACUUUGAGCAACAACGCUCUGACUUAUGGGAGAAGCUGUAUGUUGAAGCAAAAGACCAAUCUGAAAAACAAGAAAUUAAUGAAAGUGGACAAAAGAAAGGUGCUAAAGGGCAAAGUAAGAGUAGAAAGAAAUCAAAGGAGACAUUUUUUGGUUCAGUUAAAGAAACUUUUGAUGCUAUGAAAAAUUCCACAAAAGAGUUUGUAAGACACCAUAAAGAAAAGAUUAAACAGGCUAAAGAAGCAGUGAAAGAAAACUUGAAAAAAUUCUCUGAUUCUGUAAAGUCUACAUUCAGACACUUCAAAGAUACCACAAAAAACAUCUUUGAUGAAAAAGAGAAGUCAUCAAGCGAUAGAAGAUACGAGGCAAACAAGAAAGCUCGAACUUUUUACCGAGACCAUAACUCCUACGAGAAUCUGAAGCACAUGCAUUACAGGGGACCUCACAUGCCCAAAGAAUCCAGAAAUGGAAGGAAACAUCAUUUUACAGCAUUUGAAAAAGAUUCAGAUUCCCAGAAAUGUCUCAAUGAUCAUUUGUGUAAUAGAAAACAUCAGUUUGCCCUAAAGGGCUGCUCUGGUAUUUUUGAAUGUGCUCAUGAAGAAUUCCUUAGUCUCUUUAACAGAGUUUCAGAUCCCAUCAGGGUGGAUGAAUUUAAUCGGCUAAUGAGAAAGUAUUUGCAGCAAGUUGUACAUAACUUUCAUCACUGGAGAGAACUAGAAAAUUUCAUCAAUAAGUUUUUUCAUAAUGGAUUGUUUAUACACGACCAGAUGCUGUUCACUGAUUUUGUUAAUGAUGUCAAGGAUUACCUGGAAGAUAUGAAGGAAUACCAAAGUAAUAAUGAGAAGGUUUUUGAGGAUUUGGACAAAUACGUCUACAGAUACUACUUCCAUUAUGAUAAUUCACCCCAGUAUGGACCCAGUCGACCUAAAAGACCUUUUACACAAACUGAAAAUUCCAGAUAUGAAAAACAAGCUCAGAAGUACCAACACCGUAAUAAAAGAGAAGUUUCUGUAAGUUUUCUUUCGCUUAACCUGAAUACUACGCUGCUUUGUUCUGGAGAGGACAGGAGCUUUGCAGAGAACACAAGCAGUGAGAAGCAGCAGCUCCCCUCAGGAGAGGUUACCUGUACACCAGCAGUGUCCAGAUCAGUGCCAGCAGAAGGAUGCGGAACCUCCUUGGUGCCAGCACACAGCCGUGAAUAAAGAACGGCAGAUGGGGACCCAGGACAACUGGCAGUCCCUGAGUGAAGUACCAGUGCCAAGGAAAAUGGCUGAAGACCAAAGGCAUCCAUGGGAUAACAGCAGUGGGACGAAUAACAAUUGCAAGUGCAACCAAAGCUAAAUACUUAGAACUAAAAGGAAGAAACAUAAAAAACCAAGCAGCUUAUCAAAAGGUCUGGCAAUUCUUUUGCAGACAGUGACAUUUCAACAACUGUCAUGUCUCUGGCCAAAAGUUUUUCAUACUGCAGGUAACUGUGACUCUGAGUGCAGAUACUCUCUUGCUUAGAAGGCUACCACUCUAGAAUUGCUUUGUUACAAUGGAGUUGCUAACUAGAGGUUCUUACUUUAAAAUAGCAAGUGAUAAAGAAAAUUGUGACCAUCAAUUCACCUGUAUCUGACCCCCAAAAAGCUUUUGUUCUUUUCCUAAGUUACUGUAUAUUCCAGUGUUUUAAAGUUUACAAUAAAAGCUUCCCAUAAAGUCACACUUUGCAAAAGGAAA